UUAAACCUGUGACAAAGAUUUUUAAAGCAUGAAAGGUGUUGAGCUAAAAUGGGAAAUUCUACUGGAGAGCUUUAUCUGUUAGUUUUCUGCUUCUGGAUGAGCUUUAGAAAGUGGUUUCUGGAUUUCAUGCUUACACAGCUCACAAACUUGCAUCGUGGGAUGGCUUCAGAGUCUUACUGCUGUGGGACUAGCAGUACCUGUGAAAUGAACAAGAGGGGUAUCCUGUUAUCUGCCAAAGCAUCAUGGACUCACCUGGAUGAAGAUUUUCUGACUCCAACUGUAGUAGAUCUUCCUCUUUCACAUGUUGAAGAUUCUAAAGAAGAAAAUAUUUGCCACUGGCUGGAUUCUGGGUUCUUCUUGUCUACAAGUGAAGAUUUACAACAAGACAGAGAAAAAGCAGUUUCCUUGGCUAACCCAGGAAUGGUGCAAAUGACUGUGAGAUCUCUGCAUCAGUUUUCAGAAACUCCUGUUAUGUCAAGAUGGAACAGUUUCAACUCAUCCCAUUCUCUUGCUAGUGCACCAAAAAGCAUCACUGAAUGGCUGGAGCUCUGGGAAAAUGAUCCAGUUGAGAUUCUACUGGAUUUGGGGUUUGGGACAGAAGAACCUGACAUUUGCACUAAAAUCCCUUCUCGAUUCAUCAGUAAUGCUUCCGUAGCAAAAGGAAUCAACACCCGAGUCUUUCUGGAAGCUCAAAAGCAGCGUAUGGACAUCGAGAAUCCCAAUUUAUAUGGGCGUUUUCGACAACUGGAAGUCCUGGAUCAUGUGACUAGUGCCUUCUCCUCUUUGUUGAAUAUUGUUAACACCCAGCAGCAGAAAUCAGAGGAGAGCAAUGGGGAAGAAAAGAGCAUGACAAACAGUCAGAGGAACAAAGAUGAGGCCACACGAGUGAAGCGGAGAAGGCUAGGUCAUUUCCUGAGAAAAGCUUCUAGACAGGCAACAGUACUGCAAAGGAGUGCUCAGGCUUCUGGAAAUUCAGAGUCAUUCAAGGAUAGAGAAGAACAAUCUCCCAUCUAUGCUGAGAUGGACCAACACAUACCAAUCAGGACUGGCUUUUCUGAAAAUAAUACCUUGGUGGGUCUGACAGAGGAACAGUCUUCCACUCAGGAUGAUGCACUGACAUUAUCGCAGCUGCCACAGGCUCCAACAGGGAAAUCUCAGGUUUUGUCAUAUAUACCUAUAAAGCAGCCCCAGAUUCCUUCUGCAUCGGAGAUGGCUGUCAAAGACAGACCAAGGAAGGAGUCCAAUUUGCUCUUGACUCACAUGCUCAGAAGGGUGCCUGGUCCAAAGAGCAAGCCUCCAGAUUCAUUUGAAAUGGAAGAGAUCCAGAGCUUUGAGGAUGAAACUCCAGGGGGAAAUCUUCAUGACAGCACUUCAGAAGUGCUGGUGACAAGAACAAACAGCUGCCAGUCUGACAGCAGUGGAUUUCUGGAAGAACCAGUGGAGCCUUUACCUUUACAAAAUCCACCUUUUCCAGGACACCUGAACCUUAGCUGUGAUACCCAUGACCAAAAAGUAGCUCUGCGACAUAGAACAACUCUCGCUGUGUCACACCAGGAUUUUCAUCAACAGUCAAAAGGCCCUGUUGCUAAUGCCUCCACUGAAGAUUGCAAGAACAUUUCAAGGGUAUCUAGUCCAGACAGAGAACACAAGGACCAGAGGGAAGAGAUCGCCCUCUCAAUAAUUGUGAAAGAUGGUCUACAUCAAGCCUUCAGUGAUCAAUCAGAGGGUUUUGUCAAAGAAAUGGUAUACGAUGUGAAUAAGCAGGAGAUUAAAAUUGGAAGAGGACAACUGGAGAAAGAGGAGAGCUGCAUACAACAGCAAACUGCUGGUAAUCAGGAUGUAGGAAAUAUUAUCACCCCAGAACUUGACUGUCAUUUAUACUUCAGUUCAGGACCCCAAAGUCCAGCUCCAGCUCACACUGAAGAGAAUGGCACAACUCCCAUUGACUUCACUGGCAGUGGAGCCUGUGCUAAACAAGAGACAAGAGAGAGACCUUUGACUGAGGAGGAUGCUGGGAAAGUAUUUAAGGAAAAUAUCCAGGAAGGUAUUACAGGACAUGUAAAAGGAAAGCAAUGUGAUAAGGAGAUUUUCAGUAAAGUUGAUACCCUGGUUCCAGUCACCAAGGCCACAAGUGGUCAGCAGUUUUGCAAACUGGACACUGAUAUAAACAGUAUAAGCUGCUCUUGUGAAAUGGGGACACGAGAGACCCAAUGGCAGGUCUCACAAGUACAAAACGAAAGUAAGGUUAUUUCAAGCAGUUCUUUACAAGUGUCUAACUUUUCUGCUUACUGCCCAGAGUGCAAAUCUGAAUUUAGUUCCCAGGAAAGCACAGGAGCCACCAAAUUGGAGAAGGAUGAUUCUGUCCAAAAUGCUGAAAUACACACUAACCCUUCUAAGUCGGUUACUGUUCAGAUGGCUUCAAGGCUGGUGUCCACUGUGCAAAAAGUUUCCCUGAGUGAAGGCCUUGGCAAAGGCCAGUCUUUAGAAAUUAAAUCCAUAGAGUCCCAGUGCUCUGAGUGUGAGCCAGUAAUUACUUCACAACUGGGUACUUUGAAGGAAAGUGUAAAGGAGACAAGAGAAGCUUCAAUUCAAACUGACAUAAUUGGAAUAAAAAUACGAAAUCGGUGGCCUGACCCAAAUCUUCUCCCUCCAUUCUGUAGACAUGGUCAUCUCACAAAAUCAGUCUCCCUAGACACUGGGAUUUAUGGGAAAUACAGAUCAUCCUACCAUGAAACAUUGGGUGCCCAGCCUGCCCAGUGCGGUCACAGCUGUCAUUGUGUCUGCUGCCAUCAUUGCUGCUUUCAGUGGACCUUUCCCUUCACUGCUUCCUCCAAACAUCCUGGGGCCUGUUGUUCAAAUCACAUGACCAUAGAGUUGCAGCUUUUGAAAACAUUAGAGCUCCUGCAGGAUACAGCAGUGGGGAGUAUUUCUCCAUGCACCAUUAAUGAAAUAGAAGCUAUGAAGAGUUCUUGCAAGAGUUUCCGGGAGAAGCUAGAUGAGAUUGAGCAGCACCUGAUGGAGCAACAGGAUCUUUUUUCCAGUGCUAUGUCAUUUGAAGGAAGGGAGAAAAAAAGACAACUGCAGGUAUUACGUCAAGCUGUUCGUGAGGUUUCUGAACUGGAAUUCCAGCUGAAUGAUCGAGCUCGCCAGGUUAGGGAGGGAAUGCUGAUGCAGCUGGACCAAUUACUAGGAGACCAAUCCCAUCUGUUUUCAGAGCUUGCACUCCCUGACUGGCAGGAAGAAAGAAAUGCUCAGAAUAAACAAGUUGUUCCAGAUGCUGCUGACACUAUGCAGCCUAGAGCUGGGUGCUCAAAAACAGUAGUUCCAAGAUGUCUGAGCAGAAGUGAAACAUUCCCAUCAACUCCAUCAGCCUCAAUGCCAGGAACACCAGAGAUGCAGUUUCCUGCUAUGGCAACAGCAGAGCUAGACCCACAGGAACUCCCCACCAGUAAAAAGGAAAUAAAAGGUCCCCCCCAGCCAAAAAUUGACUUUAAGGCUUUUCUACAGAGUAUACAAAAACUUAGUAAAAGAGAUUAA